GUCACAGAAGAGAAAUAGCAAAGUCACUUUGAUCAAGCUGUCUGAAGGACUAGGACACAUUGUUUGCUUCCCCCAAAUUUCAGUGAGUUCUUCAGAGACACAUCAGUGAUGAAACAGCAUCUGUUCAUACUCCUGUUCAUCACAGGAGUCCUCCCUGUCACCCAGACUAUCUAUCGCAGGUUCCACCUGAACCUACAGGGGAAGACAUGGAGUGAUGCUCAGGCUUACUGCAGGGCCAUGUACACUGACCUGGCUACCUUUGAAAAUCAUGAUGAAGCAGUCAGAGCUCAAAAUAUAGCACAGAGUCAAUCCUUGACUGGCAGCACUUGGAUCGGACUUUACAAUGAUGUCAACAGCUGGCGCUGGUCAAUGGGAAAUGAGCCACUAGGAAGUUUCAGAAGUUGGUGUUACACUAAUCCUGACAACUACGCUUCUAACGAAUAUUGUGUUGCAGUAGAUGUGCCCGGGUGGUUUGAUAGUUGCUGUGCAACAACAUUCCCCUUUAUCUGCUUUGACGGAAGAUACACUGGCACCAGCAGCUAUAUUUAUAUCUCUACUGCCAUGAUAUGGUCUGAAGCUCAGAGCUAUUGUAGACAGCAUCACACAGACCUGGCCAGUGUAAGAAACUCAGCUGAAAGCUCAGUUAUAAUGGCAAUGAUCCCAGGGCCAACUUGGAUUGGUCUGUUCAGAGAUUCCUGGAAGUGGUCAGACCAGGCAAAUUUCACCACCAUUACCUGGGUAACUGGAGAACCUAAUAAUUUGUUAGGAAACGAAAACUGUGUGUUUUUUAUGAAUGGUCAGGCUGGUGAUGUGCAAUGUUCACGUCUAAAAGCUUUCUUCUGUGAAACAGUAAUCAAAGGAAAAAAGCAGAUUGCCAGAGUGAAGGUCCAGUCCGAUCAGGAUGUGAAUGGUCCUGCAGUUAAGGCAGCCAUCUUGGAUAAGAUUAUGCAGAUGCUCAGUGGUCAUGGGAACAUCACUGUCAAAUGGAGAGAGCAACCAGAUGGACUAGUAUUUAAUAAGAUUAAAGAAAAUACUAUUGCAAAUAUUUGUUAAAGUUUGUAUCUGUGGAUGCUGUUCAAUGCUGUGGGGUAUCACACAGUACAAAACUAGAUGUGAGACAUUACUCCUAGACAAAACUCUAUAUUGUGUAUCGUGUAGAUGAAGAAUAGUGUACUGUAUAAAUACAACAUCUAGUUCACAAUGUGUGAUAGAAUGUGUGUAAUAUUAGCACUGAUAUAAAAUUCAAGCAUUUCCAAUUAUCUGGCUAAUCCUGAGCUUUAGGUGUUCAGUUGCAUUCACGUGUCUGACAUAUAAUGAUUGUAUCUGCUUGAAACCAUGUCCAUGAAAUUUAUAGAUUUUGUAAUUAGAUAAAGUCUCAAUAUUAAAUAUAUUAAACAGACAAAACCUUUAUAAUUCCUUUAUAAACUGUGAGUUAAGCAGCACAAUCAGAGUUUACAUGGAAAACACUGCUUAGGGUUUAUAUUCCUAAACGGCUGCCUAUGUCUAUCCAUUUAACUAGAUAGAUAGA